AUGAACGACGAUGAUCGAAGCGGCAGCGUGUUCGCCGUUGCGGUGACAUUCAUGGUCCUCACGUGGAUCAUGGUCCCGCUUCGGGUCUACGUGCGAGCAAUCAUGACGAAAUCCUUCGGUCUCGACGACUGGCUGCUGGUAAUCACACAGGUCCUCUUUACUACGUAUCUCUCGAGCCAGCUGGGGGGAUGGUAUUAUGGUACUGGCAGGCACAGGAAGGACCUUACCCCGGAGAACAACACCAAGGCUUUGACUUUCUGGUUCGUCUGCGAGAUAUUUUACGUCCUUACCGCCACAUUCAUUAAGCUCGCCGUGGGAGUCUUCCUAAUUCGACUAUCCGUCGUCAAAUUUCAUGUCUGGUUUCUUCGCGUCCUCAUGGUUGGGAGUAUUGUUUUUGGAACGGCAUAUCUCUUCGUCGUUUUGUUUCAAUGCCAGCCCAUAAGCACAUUCUGGACAGACGCGCCCGGCACUCCCGGGAAAUGCCUGGAAAACAACCCAGUCGCUAUCACUACAUAUGUGGCGUCGGCAAUCAACUGUCUCGCGGACUGGGCUUUUGGCAUAUUGCCCAUGUUCAUCGUGUGGUCGCUGAACAUGAAGAAAAGACUGAGGAUCAUAGUCAUGUGCAUUCUCGGGUUUGCCUCUAUUGGAAGCACUGCAACAAUAGUCAGAAUGUUCUACAUUCCGGACAUGCUUAAUGGGCAGGAUUUCUUGUGGGCUACUACAAACUUUGCGAUUUGGAGUACCGUCGAGCCGGGAAUCGGUAUCAUUGCCGCCUCAUUGGCAACCCUCAGACCUUUGCUGCAGCUCGCCUUGGGCAAGCUAGGGCUUUCACGAACCUAUCGACUAAGUAGGAGCUCGCCCUGGACGCCCUCCCACGGCUACGUGAAGACGGACGAACAUUCCAUGUCUGGCCUGCGUCCGAAAGAUGGAGUAACGACCACGACGGCUGCUGGACCGACCGAGACGGCCCCGACACCAUUCAGAUAUCUACGUUCUCGUCCAAGUCUUGAGUCUAUAGAGUUGGCCGGCAUUACAAAAACAAUGGAGGUUUCAUUAUCGAGCGACGCAGGUGAGAUGGAUGGACAUCGAGCAUCACUCAGGUAA